UCGACAGACCUAUAUCGAAACGGUUUUGUGUUGUGGCUUCCUUUCGUGAGCGAUUUGUCUUGAAUAAGGAAAUAUUGUGACAAAAAGGCUAACCGAAGGGGGCCGAACAUUUAUAAUGGACCACCCCUGUAAAAUGCUUGAAAUCUUGGUCUGCCUGCUAUUAUUGACUACUGUAAAUUCGGAUGGCAACUGUAAAAAGGGAUGUCCGCAAUCCGACAAUGGGAAAUUUAAAUAUUUGCCCGGAAGCUCCUACGAAUAUGCAUUUGAUAGCAUUUUAAGUGUAGGAUUGACCUCUGGUGCAGUGAGCGAAGCCGAUGACACUAGCCUUAAAAUAACUGGCUCUGCUAAGCUUUUUGCUGAGGGAAACUGUGGAUAUACGUUACAAGUUGGUGCCGUUAAAGUUAUAAAUACAAAGGAAUCAGUCGAGAAGAAUUUCGUUAACAAUAUUCAAAAACCAGUUUAUUUUACUUUGGUCAAUGGGCAACUUGAGCCUGAGAUUUGCACCGAUGCAAGCGAUUCAACAUAUUCGCUUAACAUAAAGCGUGCAAUUAUUUCGCUGUUACAGUCAGGAACAGAAUCACAAGAUGUUGUAAAUGAGGUUGAUGUGUUCGGCCAGUGUCCAACGCACACGUCCAUUUCCCGAUCUACAAAUGGUGUGGCUCUUACAAAAGUACGUAAUCUUAACCAUUGUGCUUAUCGCGAUCACAUUAACAGCGGCCUAGUAUCUGGAGUUGUUAAUAAUCGAGCAGGCGUUACAUCUAGUUCACUAAUCCAAUCAGAUUACAGCAAGGAGCUAAAAAUUGAAAGCGGUAUCAUUGUAUAUGUUCAACUUUCAGAGCUGUACAAAUUUGCUGGUACAACGAAGGGCAACUUGGAUAUUAAUGCAAAGGUGUCAACAACACUGAAGAUAAAGAAUGCGGAUGGAACGCCCGAACGAGGUCCAACAAAUGGCAACCAUGUAGCUAGCAUAAUGUUCCAAAAAACGGAUUUAUAUUCAUCUAAGAAUAUUGCGGCCCUUAAAUCAGUCCUCUCAGACCUGGUAGACUUAACCAAUGAAUAUGUAAAAAAAGAUAGCGCAAAGAAAUUUGUUGAGCUAAUACGCUUGAUGCGCCAGUCAGAUACAGAAACUCUGCUUGAGCUAAAUGCUUUCCCUCAUCCAAAUAAGGUUCAGGCCCAUAAAGUAUACCUAGACGCACUGUUUCGAACUAAUACCGCAGAAUCAGCUAAAGCAAUACUUAAACAACUCCCUAAAUUGGCGAAGUAUGAAAAGAUACUCGCGAUAUUAUCGCUGAACAUGGUCGAAACUGUCGAUAAGGAGACACUCAAUCAGGCAGCCGCUCAACUAUCGGCCGUUGCACCUAAAGAGCUUUAUUUAGUUGUUGGUAGCCUAGUGACAAAGUACUGUGCUCGCCACGGCUGUCAUCCAAGUGAUGUUGAUGGUAUAUCUAAAAAGUAUGCUGAUAGCCUCAAGCACUGCAAGCCGAAUACAAAAAAAGAGGAGGAACGAUUUGUAUAUAUUUUAAAGGGAAUUGGUAAUGCCCAAGAUUUAGCUAACAAUGUUGUCACUGCGUUGAGCGAGUGUGCUGCUCCCUCGAAUGGUCGCUCAAAUCGCAUUCGAGUUGCUGCUCUUCAGGCUUUCUCAGGCGUCGCAUGUAAUCCAACAUUGGGUACAAGAGCACUGGAGUUGCUCAAGGACCAAAGCGAAGAUUCCGAGCUGCGCAUAGAAGCAUACCUGGCCGCUAUUACCUGCCCGAGCGCAGAAUUAGCUAAUCAAAUUAGUGAUAUUGUUAAUUCAGAGAAAGUAUAUCAAGUUGGAGGCUUUAUUGAAUCUAGUCUGAGAUCAAUUAGAGAUUCGACCGAUGUUGCACGUGAGCAACAAAAAUAUCAUUUCGAGAAUAUUCGCGUGACGAAGAACUUCCCAAAGGACUAUCGACGUUAUAGCUUUAACAAUGAGUUGUCUUACAAGCUUGAUGCACUGGGAAUAAGUGCCAGUUUGGAUCAGAAGCUUAUAUAUUCACAGCACGGAUUUCUACCACGUUCAGCACGACUUAACGUAACUACGGAGCUUUUCGGUACUAACUUCAAUGUGAUUGAGGCAAGCAUGCGACAGGAGAACCUUGAAAAUAUUUUGGAAUAUUACCUUGGUCCAAAAGGGUUGCUAAAUAAGGAUUUUGAUGAAAUUGUUAAACUUAUUGAGGUAGGCAAUAGUGCUGGCUCAGUUCCUGGCAGCCGUGCAAAACGUUCAAUUGCCGAUGAUUCCGAUAAGACCUCGAAAAAGUACAAAACCUAUGGCAGCAAAAACGUGCAAGAUCUUAACCUUGAUUUAUCUCUGAAACUCUUUGGGUCUGAACUAGUAUUUUUAAGUCUGGGCGACAAUAUACCGGCCACACUGGACGACAUAAUAAUACAUUUUUCUACUGCAUUUGAUAAGGCUAAAAAAGAGUUGUCUUCGUUUGAGAAACAAUUUAAUUUCAAUAGCCUUUUCAUUGACUCCUCGAUUGCUUAUCCAACUGGCGCUGGUAUCCCUCUGGAGUUUGCCGCUCAAGGAUUUGCUGCAAACAAAAUCGAUUUUGCUGUUAAUGUAGAUGUCAAUGCGAUUCUAGAGCAAAAUUGGCAAAAGGCAAAGUAUCGUUUAAAAAUGGUUCCAAGUACCGAUGUUAAUGUCAAUAUGCAACUAAGCUUUAACGCACAUGUCUUAGCUUCUGGAAUUCGACUUGUAACCACUGGACAUUCAGCAACUGGUAGUGAUAUCAGUAUUUCUCUUAUUAACGAAGGAGACGGGUUCAAUGUAGGCGUAGAGUUACCACGAGAAAAACUUGAAAUUAUCGAUGUUCAGGUCAACACUGAAUUCUUCGUUGCGGAACAAGAUAAACCACUUAAGGUUGUCUUACCGAAGGCUCCCAGAAAACAGAAAAAUAUACAACCAAGUGAAUUUUGCUUUAAUCAGUUAAACAUUGUUGGUAUAAAUGUUUGCGUGGUUAGUUCGACAGCAAUCAGUAAUAUUGGUUCUGGAGCCGUAAAUGGAAAUAGAAAACCAAAUGCUUUAUUGGAUGGGAUUCAUUUAUCACGGCCAUUACAUUUUGCCGUUCACAUGACAACAGAACGCAAGUUUAACUUUAAAGGAACUCACUCGAUAUUACAAUCUGGAAGUCAACAGUGGAGACUAGACUAUAGCACGCCUGGAUCAAAGGUGUCUCACGAUACUAGUGUUGCAUUUGAGUUGGGCACAAAGCCUCGCACCUAUGGACGCCUAUCUCUCGAUAAUCCUCAAUAUCACCUCGGAGUGGAAGCUGGCAUCAAUAAUGACAGCAACGAAUUGGUCCUCUACGGGCAGUACGAGCAGGACAAAGAUGUAAAAAAAAGUAAAAUCGGUUUCACUAAACAUGGCAAUGAGUAUAAGCCACUCAUAGAGAUCCAAGAUAAAAACGGAGUGACCAACACCAUCAAUGGAUAUCGUGCUGACGGAAAAAUAGUUGUUCAACAAACUGGUGAAAAACAAUCACGUUACAAUUUCCAAAACUUCCAGAUUGUAAAUCAGAAUAACGAGCGAAUUAUGUUGAAUGGCUGGGCCGACGUCAGCCCAAGUUCAUUGAUAACUCAGCUACACAUAUCUCCUGGCAAACAGACGUAUCAAGUGAAAACAAAUUUUAAGCUAGAAAAUGGUCAUCACGAGAUUGGUCUAUUUGUAAAUGAUGAGCGGUCACCUGAAAAUAUUUAUGGUGGCUCAGCCCAAAUGAAUGUUAAUCAUCAGGCUUAUAAGCUCAAACUUAGCGGAAAGGCUGUUACCUGGUCUAUUGACAGCUCAACCGAAUUUGAGUUCCAAAAGGCAGACAACACAAAUGAAAUGAGCUCUGGAAAAUUAUCCCACAAUAUUAAAGUUGAACAAAAGAAUAAACCCUUUAUAGCUGGGAAAAUUAUAACUAUUUUUGAUGUUAAUAAGUUUCAAUUCGAUGCAGAAGCAGUACGAGAUAUAAAAAUAGCGUCAGUUAAUAUUAAGUACCAAGCUAAUCAGAAAUCUGUACGAGAUUAUGAUCUAGUAGCUACUGCUAAGCUAAACAAGCAUUCUAUUGAUUUAUUGCUCAAAUGCGAUACAAACGGUAACAUGCUAGUUGUUGAUAACUCCUUAACCACCAGUUGGGGCACUGUUCUCACAGCUAAGGGAAAUUUAGGUCAACGGUAUACUCCGCAAGAUGUACACAUCGAUUUACAAGGCAGUGCACAAUUCAGCGGUAAGGAGAAACCCGUUCAAUGGACACUUAAAGUAUUGGGUACACCGGAAAAGACAAAUAGCGAAUUACAUUUUCAUCGCGACAAUGUGGAAUUGGUAAAAAUAACAAGUGAGUCGCAACAUCCACAGGAUAAAAUCACUUCAGCCAAGAUAAUUCUGAUGGUUAAGAAUUUGAUUAAUGCCAAAACCGACUUUAAGGUUGCCAAAAAUGGUAAGGGCGAAUUGACUGCUAGCAUUGAGACUCUUAAGACUGAGCCCAAGCAUAAGCUUGAAAUAGAUACAAAGUUCCAUAUACAGACACCAAAAUACGAUAUUGAUGCAAUUGCCAUUCUCGAUGGCAAAAAGAAAAUUCAUUUUAAAACUGAGAGUAAUGUUGAGAAGCUAAAAUUUUCGACGAAAAACAUUUUAGAGGCCAACGAAAAGAAGAUGUCAUUUGAAGCAAGUGGCAAUGUCAAAGGGGAAUGGCGUACAAAUGGUGACAUUCAGGGUACAUUCACGUUAACAACUAUUGAUGGGCGUGUGAUCGAUGGCAGUAUCAAUCGCCAUUGGAGCACAAACCCAAAGACACACCUAACACAAGGAACUGUUGAUGUACAAAUAAACGAUCAAGAGCCGGAACAAAAAAAGAAGCGUUCGCUGACAGUGAAUACUAAACUGGAUCGCACCAAUCUAAAGACUCAUGAGUACUCGGCAAAUACGCAAAUUUCGUAUACAGAUUUCAAUAAUCAAAAGUCGGAGCUCAAAAACAAUAUGGCGUAUCUGAUAAAGGGUAACAGCAAAUCAUUUGAAUUUGGUAUUAAGGCAAAUAGCAAUCUUAUUCCCCAUCCCCUCGAUGUAACAUUUGUUGUAGACGAGUACAGCGGGAAUCAUGCAAUCGGUCGCAUAUCGGCAAAAUAUGGUGCCAUUGUAGAUGUGAAUUUAAGUGGUAACUAUCAAACUGGACAUGACAGUGCUCCAGCAUCGUAUGAGCUACAAUGCAACCUUCAACUACCUGAGACCAAACUAAAGAAUAUUGAACUAAGCAGUCAUGGAAAAUUCAUUAAACCAACUGACAGUAGUAAUAAUUACAAUGUUGAAGCUACCCUAAAUACCAAAACGGGUGCUGGCCAAUUCGCGCACAUUAACACAGCAUGGACAGGCACGACAAAUCAGGGCAGCUACAGCUUGAACGCACAAACCAAUGAAAUGACGUCUCCAUUUAAACUAGACGGAAGUUAUCAGAGUGAAAAAUUGACCAGUUCAAAAGAUAGUGAUGCCAACAGUAAGCUCAAAUUCACCCUCAAUGCACAAUACGGUGCUAAAUUUAUAAAGAGCAACUUUGAUGCGAGUUACGCUGGAGUUGAUACUGCCACACUGCACUAUUCAUUGGACUCCAGCUUCGAAUCGGUAAAGGAUAUAUUAUUUGAAAUACGCAGUUACAAGUCGGCCGAAGAAAGCUCAAAUAUUUCUGUAUUGGUUAAUCAUGCUGGAAAAUCCUAUAACUUAAUCAGCAUGCUCUAUGGCGGUAGCCACAAGAAGGGAAUUGAAGUGCGCAUAAUUAUGCCCGCUCAGCAGCCAAUUGUGUUUAUGGGAAUUGUGGAAAUAUUGGGUGAGCGAAAGAUGAAACUGACGCUAAAUUUUGAUUUUCUGUCAGAUAUGGAUUUUAAAUUAAGCAGUGAGUUAGCAUAUACAAGCAUAGAUGAAUUUUACUGUAUAAGCGACUGGAGCUCCAAGAAAUUCCAACAAAAGAGUUACCAUUUGGAGGUAAAAGCACAAACGAAAAACAUAAAAGUGCAGCUUAAGGACUCUCAUAAUGUGAUUUUAACGGGUAGCGCAACCUAUGGCUUAAAAAAAGAACAAAAUAAGUCCAUAAUUGAAGGGCAAGGUCAGGUGCAGUACAAAGGAAAAACACAUUCUGGUAAUUUUAAGCUCACACGACAGCAAUUUAAUCUAAACAUUGAAAAGGAAGUGGGCUUCGCAUACACACUUAAUGUAAACUUUGGAUCAAAGAACGGAGUAUCCACGCUAAAACUAACGAAUAAAGAAUUUAACAGCAAGAUUUCCAUUUGCGAAGAGAAACAGCAAUGCACAAAUAUUCAAUUACAAUCUACUGUGAAUGUAGAUGAACAGCAUUCCAAUGCUGUACAGCAUGCAGUACUUAUAUUGAUCGAUCUGCGCGAGCUUGGAUAUCCCUACGAGUUUGAGUUAAAAUCGAAAAGUCAACGUCAUGGCUUUAAGCAGCAAUACAGCCUAGACAGUCACGUCGUUUCUGGCCAAAAUAAUAAAUAUCAGCUAAGUAUCAAUCUUACUCCAUCGUCGUCAAUUCUUAAAGUAACAUUGCCAAAGCGAGAAAUUUUGUUUGAGAGCACCCAAAAGUUACCGACAGAUGGAAAAAUCUUCGGACACUAUGAGCAAUCGGCAGCUUUCUAUAUUGAUAAGGUACAACGACCCAAUGAAGUGACACGGUUUUCGGCCAUUAUGGAUAUAACAGGUGUUGAAAAAGUAGCUCUUAAUGCUCAAUGCUAUCUAAAGAUUGAGCAUCCAACAAUUCGACCCCUUAGUAUUGAGGCCAAAAUAGACGCGAAUGGCGAGCAGCAUAACCUAAAAAGUGAAAUUAUUUUUGAUAUUUUCCGUGUGGCGGAUCAGAAAGUAAUUUUAUCAAAUGAGUUAAGCAAUGCGGCAGUUAAGAAUGGCUUUAAUAUUACAUCGGUUCAACAAGUUCAUUCCAGUGGAUUACAGUUACAGUACAAGCUAAAUUCCCAUGCUGCUUUUAAUGGGGAGACAAGGGACCUCAGUGGUGCUACAGAACUCCGUAGCAGCGCUAAUAACAUUAUCGCUGGAGCCUCUGUCUUUGGCAAUAAGGAUCGUAUGGAAAUUUUAAUUAGUGGAUUAAAUGAACAAAUUCUUCAUGUAACUGGCAAUAUUAACUGGCAGAAACGUGUUGCGGUUAUGAACUCAAAAAUGCAAGUAUUUGGACAGAAGCCAAUGGAAAUUUUAACGGAAAUUCAACCAAACUGGGCAAUGAUAUCACUAAAGCGCGAGCCUCUUAUCGAUGCCAAUGCGGAAGUAAAACUUGGCAAAGAAUUUAAAUUUGAUGCCGUUGGCAAUGGUAAGCCGCUAAUUAACGGACGGAUCGCAUUGGAUGCUGCCAAUUUUUUGCAGACAAGUUAUAAGACUAAUGACGAAGACAUUACAUCAUUUUUGAAUGCCGCCGACGUCGAGUUUAAAAAAGAAAUGGAUGACAUUGCAGCACUGACCAAAGCUCGUUUUGAGAAACUUCGCCACGAUCUGAAUGAGCAAGUCAAAUUGGUUCAAUCAAGCGCUCCAGACCUUACCAAGCUAAAACUCAGCUAUGAUGAUCAAAUGAAGUCGAUUGUGAAGGAGCUUGAAAGUGAUCCAUCUUUAAAGCCUAUAAUUGACGCCAUCAAUACGCUUGUUGAAAAAUAUAAAACCGUAGUUGAUGAGGUUACAAAAUCAGUAUCAGAAGUCUAUGAAAAGAUGCACAGCAACUUUAAGGAAAUGUAUGAAAAGCUACAGGACUUAUGGAAGGAUUCGCUUUUAAAAAUUUGGGAGCAGCUUAUGAUUACUUUGACCAAACUGAUUGAACAACUUCGCAUUGAACUUGUUAAUACGUACACAAAAGGUUUUAAGAGUUUCAUUACAUGGCUAGAACACUAUGGCCCAGCACUGAAGAACUAUGGCAAAGCUAUUAAUGAAUCUAUGAAACCCAUUAAUGAGGCGGUGCAAGAACUUAUUAAGGUAACAGUACAUGCUCUCGAGGAAUUUAAUAACGAGAUUAAAGAGUACAUUGCCAAGAUGCCUACUUUCGACAGCAUAUGUGAGGAAUUCAAAAACAAAUUGCAUCAAUUAAAGCUUGCUGACAAUAUAAUAGAACUUCUGAACAGUAUGUUUGAGCAGUUACAUAUACUGCCACAGACGCCGGAAUCAAACGAAUUACUGCAAAAGUUGCACGAAUAUCUACAAGCUAAACUAAAACAACAACAGGUCAACGAUGAAAAGUGGCUUGAUGAACUGGCAUAUCUACUACUAAAGGCAAUUCGUGCCAUUUCCGCUAGCAUCGAUAUGAGAACUCCGAAUGUGAUCGAUAAUACUGGUUUCCCUGGAACAGAUGUACAAUCGUGGUUCAGCUCAUUGCCUCACACAAUAGAUGCGUUUAGAAAACUGCCAGCUUUACUUACGUUCCGAUCAAGCAUUAUAAACUGGAUUUUAAAUGAAAACUGGGAGAAGAUAUUUAGUCGACAAACGCUGUCUUGGGUUUUCUUCCAGAAUUUCGAACUAAAUGGUCACAUUGUCAAUGGCCAACAUGUGUUUACUUUUGAUGGUCAACAUUAUGCUUACCCAGGUAGCUGCAAAUAUAUUUUGGCACAGGACAGUGUAGACAACAACUUUACAGUGAUCGCACAGCUCAACAAUGGCAAACUUAAAGGCAUAACUUUAGUAGAUCGCGAUGGGAAUUUUAUGGAGGUAAGCGAUACAAUGGCACUAAAGGUUAAUGGCAAGGCCGUGGAAUAUCCGCAAUAUUUGCCCGGCUUUCACGCCUGGCGCCGCUACUACACAGUGCAUUUGCUUUCUGAAUACGGCGUAGCUGUCAUGUGCACUACGGACUUGAAGGUCUGUCACGUGAACGUAAAUGGCUUCUAUACGAGCAAAACUCGUGGCUUGCUUGGCAAUGGCAAUGGAGAGCCCUACGACGACUACCUAUUAAUUAAUGGUAGCCUGGCCAGCAAUUAUGCCGAUUUGGGUAAUGAUUAUGGACUAGGCAAGUGCAACAUGGUGACCUACAAGCCUACUGUUGAAGACAAUCAAUCUCGCCAGGAAGUAUGCAGUGAGAUAUUUGGAAUGAAAUCGCCGCUUGCUCUUAAUUACCUGACAUUAGACUCAAGACCGUACCGCGAGGCCUGUGAUAUUACCGUACAGCAAACUGCCGAAAAAGAUAAGGAAAGCGAGGCAUGCAUAUUUGCUUUGGCUUAUGGAUCGGCUUUAAAACAACUAAAUCAGUGGGUAAUGUUGCCUACACGCUGCCUAAAAUGCCCUGGACCAGCUGGCCAACGUGAUUUCGGCGAUGAAUUUAUCGUCAAGACGCCGACAAACAAAGCAGAUGUUGUUUUUGUUGUCGAUAUUAAUGUGACACCUGCUGUACUCAGUCAACUGGUUGCGCCCGCAAUUAAUGAGCUGCGUGAAUCACUUAAAACACGCGGAUUUACUGAUGUACAAAUUGGAGUUAUUGCGUAUGAUAAGUCGAAGAAAUAUCCAGCCUUAUUAACAAGCGAAAAUGGCAAGAUUAAUUAUAAAGGAAAUGUUGCAAAUAUUCAGUUAAAUGGUCCAAAGAACUUCUGCGAUAAUUGCAUGGAACAGAUUAUUACCGAGAAGCGAUUGCUUGAAUUUUAUAAUUUGAUUGAGCGCUUUGUCAAUAGCAUAGCCCCACAGUCUGAUGAGAAAGCAUUCCAGUUGUCUCUAGAUUAUCCAUUCCGUGCCGGAGCGGCUAAAAGCAUAAUUGCUGUACGCAGUGAUACCCUAGAAUACAAUAAUUGGUGGAAAUUCGUGAGAGCUCAAAUCACUGGUACUAUUACAAAGUUUGAUGGAGCCCUACUACAUAUGAUCGCACCUGUUAAGGAUCUUGCCUUGGAAGGCGUAACUGCUGAAAAGCUUAUUGGCUUCAAUUCACGAUUGGUUGCCACUUUAGACGGAAAGGAUAAUAAGAAGCGUUCAAAGCUACAAUUUGAAAAUGACAUGGGUAUUGAUUUUGUACUCAACAGCGGAGGUUGGGUAUUUGCAACUCAGAAUUUCGGCAAGCUAAAAGCUGCAGACCAGAAAAAGGCUCUUGGUCAGGUUACAUCAUCAAUUGCCGAUACACUUUUCAAAACUGAAACAGUCAAUGACUGCCGCUGUAUGCCUGUUCAUGGUGUGCACGGUCAACAUAAAUGUUCUAUUAAAACAUCCAACUUUAUACCAAAUAAGAAACCAAAAGCGGCGUAAAACUCAUUUAUAUGCAUUUAAAUAAUAAUUAAUUGUUUUAUUUUCAUAUGUUAUAAAUACAUUAUAAACUGUUGUUUAUGAAAAUGCAAUAAAAAACAAAGACAAUA